GUGCUUGACGCUGCUGGCGUGGAUAAGUGGACAUGGCGAGCUCCGACUGUGAGGGCCAUGCGGGCCAGGAGGGGGAGACAUUCCUGUACUUCGCCUACGGCAGCAAUCUCCUGACCGAGAGGAUCCACCUGCGAAACCCCUCGGCCGUGUUCUGCUGCGUGGCGCGCCUGCAGGACUUUAAGCUCGACUUCGGCAAUUUCCAAGGCAAAAUGAGUGAGAGGUGGCACGGAGGUAUAGCUACCAUUUUUCAAAGUCCUGGCGACGAAGUGUGGGGAGUGGUAUGGAGAAUGAACAAAAGCAAUAUAAGUUCCCUGGAUGAGCAAGAAGGAGUUAAAAGUGGAGUCUAUGUUGUAAUAGAAAUUAAAGUUUCAACUCGAGAAGGGAAGGAAAUAACCUGCCGAAGUUACCUGAUGACGAACUACGAGAGCGCGCCCCCAUCACCACAGUAUAAGAAGGUUAUCUGCAUGGGUGCGAAAGAAAACGGUUUGCCACAGGAAUAUCAAGAGAAAUUAAAAGCAAUAGAACCAAAUGAGUAUAAAGGAAAGAUCUCCGACGAAAUGGAAGACAUCAUCAAAAAGGGAGAGUCAAAACUGUCAUAACAGACUCUGAAGCUAUGUGUGCUAGUAUGAAGUGCUUUUAACGUUUGCGAACAGGAGUCUGGACCUUCUUGGUUCUGACCUUGAUUUUCAACAGUGCUGGGAAGGGCUUCUCACAUAGGUGAUUCUUUAUUUUUAACUGUAACAAAGAACUGGAAUGGGGAUGGGCUUAGACCAUUAAAGGGACCAGGGGAUCCUGGCAUGUGCAAGUGGUGAUGGCCGUGGGUUCUCCUGUGGACACUGCUAUAGCCCCCCACUGUGUGGACGACCUCCGUGGAGGGUAGGUCUGUAGCUCAGGGGCGCACUGCUGCGCUUGGUCUGCUUUCUGCUUGUAUCCGAUCGGCUUGUAAGAAGUAAGCAAAAUAUAGAGGGUAGGUGGUAAGGCUUUGAGAAGUACAAAGAUGGUACACUGUCCUUUGAGGGGCGACUGCUUUCAUGACUCUAAGGGGUUUCUCAGCAAGAGCUCCACCUCACUGUGCUCUGCUCAGACCACACAGAGCAGCCUCAGCUCAUAGAGUCUGUGUUAACUGGUAUUGUGGACUCUGGAGCCAAGCUGGCCUUGAACCUGUGACCAUCUUGCCUCAGCUUCUCAUAUAGCUGGCUGGGAUUAUAGUCUUGUGCUACUGGGGCUAGCUGAGCCUCCCACUUUCCAGUUGUGGGACUUGAGCUUCUCUGGCUCACUGGACCUUAGUUGCUUCACCUGUAUAAAUAGGGAAAAUCAAAAACGUGAAUUUGAAGAUUUCAUGAGUAAACAUGUGAUAAGCUU